GGAGUGUUAUAUCAUUUUAAGGUUACUGUUCGCAGAUAGGAUACGUGCUUGUAAUUUUACGUUUUGUUGAAUCAAAUUCAAGUGUUGUUUUUACUCCUCUCUUGUUUGGAGUUUGGUUAUUUCUUGGAUAUUAACCCUCGGCUUCGUUCUGGCUGUUUUCCCCAGUGUUUUGUCCUCUUCCACUCUGAUUUCUCGCUCGUUUCCCCUCGUGUGCGUGCGAUCUUCCCUCGUAAAAUUCAAAAUCCAUUCGUACAGUCGAAUCGUCGCUUAGUUUUUUCGGUUCCCCAAAUCAGUGCGUGUUUGCAUUAACUGAGGAUUUUGUUUAAAAAUGUACGCGUCGGGUGGUCACGGUGCUCACUUCAGUUUUUACAGCUCGUCGCUAUUCCUGUUGACCUAACUAGUUUGUUCGUAAACUUGAAAGUUUUGAAGUUAUUUUCAAAAUCCAACGUUGAUUCGUCGCCCUCGAAUAAGUUUCAAAGUUAACUGGUGUUGUGCUUCCUUGAGUUCGCGACAAACACUCGAGAUUGUGUUUUUUUGGUGUUUUAUUUCGGCGCCAAACUUGUGGAUUGACUACUAAUCAUGGAAGCUACUUACUGCAUGGGAAAUGACAUGGAUGUAUGUCGCAUGUUCGAUCAGUAUCUAUACAAGAGAAAUAGCGAAAAUAUAGAUUUGUCACUCACAGUACCUCACAAUAACGGAUUCUCAAAUAUGAAUGACCAAACUUUUCAUACGCCUAAUUUUGGGGAUGAAGAUUUCGACAUUCCUCACCACAACCAAUCACAACUAAGUUAUCAACAAAAUAAUGUACCUCCUCAUUCGCAAGCACAGAACCCGAUGACAAUGAAUCCGAAUGAUCCAGGCGGGUACCCGUCAUCAAUGCAUUUGCCUCAUUCACAAGAGCACAAUAUGGGUUUAAGUAGUAGUGCUAGUUAUUCUUCUCCAAGUUAUACGACGAUGACCACGGUAAGUAACUCACAUCACUCGCACCAACAACAACAAGAACAACAGCGGCGGGAAGAGCAGCAGCGGCAGCAACAGCAUCAGCAGCAACAACAUCAACAGUUCAUGCAGCAGAUGCAGCAGCAGCAGCAGCAGCAACAACAGCAAUACCACUAUAUGACAAUGGGGCCCGCCUCGUACGGAAGCCACGGAAGGUCGGCGCAGGGUAGUAGUCCAGUAGUUAAUUCAGUAGUGAAAAAUGAAUUCGGCGAGAUGCAGCCACCUUGUCCUGCCGAACAAAACACAACCACUAGUGAUGAUAGUGACGAUAGUACACCUCAUGCUCAAAUGAUAGCCGGAAUGAAAAGGCCAUCGCCCGAACCUGUAGACAAUGGAUUAGGUAAAAUUCAAAAAGUUAAACCAAAAUCUCAAAAAAAGAAAAAGAAACGGGAUCCUAAUGAGCCCACCAAACCUGUUUCAGCAUAUGCUUUAUUUUUCCGGGAUACACAAGCUGCAAUAAAAGGUCAAAACCCAAACGCAAGUUUUGGUGAAGUUUCUAAAAUAGUAGCAUCAAUGUGGGACUCGCUUGAUGCAGAACAUAAAAAUGUCUAUAAAAAGAAAACAGAAGCGGCGAAAAAAGAUUAUCUGAAGGCUUUAGCUGCUUAUCGAGCAAGUUUAGUUUCAAAGGGAGCAAAUGAAGCGGAUAAUAUGUACUCAGCGGGUGGCUACGGAGGUUACGGCGGCGGUUACAGCAGUUACUCGCCCCCGACGGGACUCCCCUCGCCGCCCAUGUCGAACCCGAUGUCACCGCACCAGCUCCCCCCGCCCGGCCCCCCCGGCCCCGCCGCCGGACCCCCCGGACCUCCCGGCUCCAUGGCCUCGGCUAAAAAACAACCACUCAUUAUGUCAGAUAACCGAGGCAACGUCCAAACACAACAGGGAAUGAUGGGAGGUCACAUGGGCCAACAAACGCAUUUAUCAUCUCAACAACAGCAACAACAAGUCAACCCUAGUAAUAAUUACAUUCAACAACCAAAUCAACAACAGGUAAACAACUGCACUGGACCCCCUCCUAGUAACGUAGUGACAACAACAGACAACAACAUGGAUCCUCCUCAACCUACCAUGACAUGUAUACGGUCUGGAUGCACAAACCCAUCUGUAGUCAAUUCUGAAUGGGAAGAUGAAUAUUGCAGUAAUGAAUGUGUUGUUACUCACUGCCGAAAUGUUUUUCAAACUUGGGUCGCCUCCAACCAAAGCAAUUCUUAGUUCAUCUUUCUGGCUUAAGACAUCUCUUAAAUUAUGUUGUAUUAAGACUCUUCUUAAUCCUAACUAGCAUUAAACACAGUUGUUGUCUGUUCUCUUUAUUUCCUAUUUACUAUUUGACUGUGUAUUGUGUAACUAAAAAAUUAUUGUAGAAUUUUAGUUUCAAAUUGUGGCCCAAAAUGUUAUGUUUUUUAUUGUAAUUUUUUCCAAUUUUUUCUCCCUCCCCCUAACUAUUGCAAUAACCUAAGUCCUUUUUCUGUCUUAGGGUAUGAUAAAGUUGUACAUAAAAGUUUGUAAAUAUUUUAUAGUUAAAUAUAUAAAUAUAUUGUCAUCGUAAUUAUUAUUACUACUAUUAUUGGUUAUUAUCAUUAUUACUGCUACUGAAAUUACUACAGUUAUUAUCAUUAUGAUUAUUACUCUAUAUGACUAUGAUUGCUACUCUAUUAAAAUACAACUUUUGAAAUUUGGAGUCUCAAUAGGGCUUAAUCUGUAAUAAGUAUCGUUUUUGAAUUUCGAAAGCUUUAAAAUCUACA